UGGAACAUUGAACACGGUCAGUUUUGUCUGCCAUCUUGAGGCAUUGUGUCUAGUCGCCGAAAUAGAUCUCGGGGAUCAUCUCUAAACAACCAAGAGAUAUCCCUGGCUUCCUAUCGAAUAGGAGCCUCUACAAGUCAGGGUUUUACCCUUUCAACAUGGGCUUUAAUAUACGAGGGAAAAGGAUAUGUUUUUUUGUCGUGUUUGUGGCUAUUUUCUUGAGUCCUACAAAAGGGGAAACCUGUAAACCGGAGCAAAUUCGGUACGAUUUUACCGAAUGUGAUUCAAGCGAUGGCAGAUAUCGCGUAGCUGUGCCCAAGACACCAGACUCCUGUGAAGUCGCUCAAAAACCCACCAGACAAAAAGAAUGCACUUUUUCCUGCAAAGAAGGAACCUAUCUGGAUAUAAGUAGUGAAAAGCUGGAGUGUAAGGAUUGCCCAACUGGACAUUACAGUAUUGGUGGUGGGAUCAGGUUCACUGACUGGAGGAAGUUUCCUGUGGGGUUUGACACACACAGUUCACCUGUUCAGUAUCGAGGAUAUGGUUAUGACGAUGAGUUCUCCAAAGAAAAAGGGAGCAACUGCUCAAAGUUGGGAUGGAAGCCGCUUGGUGAUAGCAUUGGUUCUUCUGGUGAUGAGUGCACUUCUCAACUCAAUUAUGCAGUCACUCUGAAGAGAGAUGGCCAAGUCUCAUUCAAGUAUCACUUCACAGACAGACUGUACACUGUGUUCAGGGUGUUUCUGCGCAAUGAUCAGUGCAGGGUGUCUUCAGUUAAUAAGGGCAACAUUUAUCCAGAUAACACCAAUGAAAACGAAUGGAGAAAUUUGACGAUACCACUGAAAGCUGGGCGUAACCUGAUAACAUGGGAGGUGUCUGCCAUCACUUAUGGAUCUCACGAACAGAGAGACCCUGUUUAUAUCAGUGAGAUAGAAGUACAAGGUGUGGCUUAUACAUCUGAGUGCCAGCCAUGCCCUGCAGGAACCUUUAAUGACAAGAUGGCUGCAGCUCAUUGCCAGAUGUGCCCCAAGAAUUCCUUCUCUAGUUCUGGAGCGACCAAGUGCAAUCAGUGUAAUGAGGUUACAGAAUUUUCAAGUCCAGGCUCCUCAAAUUGCACCCAGAGAAAGCCCUGCACCGAGCAAGACUUCUACUCCACCAGAUCCGAGUGUGACGCAAAUCAUGCCACCAAAGUCACAUUCCAGUGGAUUGAGCCAAAGAUAUGCCGUGAUGAUCUUGAGGGCAGUGUGAAGCUGCCUGCCUCAGGGGGGACUCAAGACUGUCCUCCAUGUAACCCUGGUAUGACAGCCAAUGGCACAGACUGUAUAUUCUGUCCAGAGAACCAUUACAGUGAUGGCAUUAAAGGUUGUAAGCAGUGCCCUGUGUCCACCUCGCCUGUUUAUGGAUAUGAUUUCCGAUGGUGGAGAAACUUGCCACCUAACAUGAAGGCAUCAUGCUUCUCUUUGUCAGAGAGAGGGUGUGCCUCAAGGCAAGGCUGGCAGUUGUAUGGUGAGCACAUCACAAGCGGUAUGAACCAUGCCGAUGAUGUCUACCUGGUGCUGCACCUAGAAACAAAGGGCUUUGGUGCCCCAACAGGAAAGAUGGGACAAUAUGGAUUGAUCAGCAUUGUGUUUGAAAUGGAUUGCCAGGGAGACUGUCUGCUUAAGUUUAAACAGGCUGUAGGCUACAAGAGUGUUCAACUAAUAGAGUCAUGGAAAGGAAAGCAUACAAAGACCAGAUACGACUACAUCAUCACUUCCCAAGAGCGUACAACAUUCACAUGGACAUUCCAGAAGAUCUCGUCUGAUUUUAUGAUGACAAAGACUACCCACAAUUACCCUAAUGACAGAGUGAAAAUCUAUUCUAUCAACGUGACCAAUACCAUCUCUGGUGGUGCCACCGUGUGUAAAGACUGCCCUGUCACUUCUAAAUCCUCCUCAGGCUGUGUUGCUUGUCCUCUUGGGAAUUAUAUCAAUACCAAGCUGAAGCAGUGUGUGCCCUGCCCAGAAAACACUUAUUUGAACGUUACCAACCCUUAUGGGAAAGGUGCUUGCAUACCAUGUGGACCAGGCUUAAAGAGUGAUAAAGCCUCCACAACAUGCUAUUCAGACUGUAAGUUCCAUUCCAAGAGGCAUGGCCGCCAAUUUGAUUUCUCCGAUUUGCAAGGGCAAGUCUCAGUGUCCGGGGCACCAGCCUUCACAAGUCGCGGAUCUCGCUACUUCCACAUCUUCCAUAUCAGCUUGUGUGGUCACCCGUACAAGGGGGCAGUAUGCCAUAGCAACAUCAGCAUCAAUUCUGGCAGACAUGAGGACUUUAAUCUGACAUCCAAUGUUUGUCGCUUCACUAUCAUCCCCAACAACAAAGGCCAAGCCCUUGCUGUACAACCACUCAAGCUUGGGGAGGAACUGCAAGCUAUUACAGAAGACCUCGAAGAUGUCCGUCCUUCAGCUUUUGAAGACGAAGGGCUGAUCAGCAACAAGACCGCUCAUUUCUGCUACAAGUAUCACUCUUCCAGGGCCACUUCAGCCUGUCCACAAGGACGUACGAUCCUUGUCACGCUGAAAUGCGACCCCAACGCAAAAGAUAAGGGUCUCCUGCAGAUGCCUGCUCGCUGCCCGGAUGGCACAUGUGACGGAUGCAAAUUUGAGUUCCUGUGGAAGACGCAGAAGGCAUGUCCUGUUUGCCAAGUGGCGGACUACCAGAAGGUCACUUCAGCAUGUGAGUCUGGGAAAAAGAGGACCACGUACAUGUGGAAGGAGCCAAGAAUCUGCACUGAUGGUGUUGAUCUUCCGGAGGAGAAUGUUGUGGAAUGUAGCAUCUUGGAUCAAACCGUCGGAUCUGCCAUGAAGGAUUUCAAGAUCGGUAUUGGAGUUGCUGCUCUGCUGACGGUGUUGUUAGUCUGUUCCGUGUGCUUCCUUUACUGCAAAAAUAGAAGGUUGAACUACAAGUAUCACCGCUUAGUGCAGAAUGCGAGUGGAUCGGGGGCAGACCUGCCCACUGUAGAACGCUGUGGUAUGGACGAGGAUGAGGAGGACGAAGACGAGGAGACCCACUUCCAUCGCGGGGCUAAGGAACGGGGUAAGAAGAUCUUGAAGAGCAUCCGGAACCUAACCAGCGGUGGAAAAAAGGAAAGGGCGUUUGACGACGAGGAGGAUGACGAGUUUUUCGAAUCCGUUCAGCUGGAGGCCGUGAAGGAACAGGCGUCAGACAAACUGAUGAUGUGAACAGGCGGCUCGCAUAGGAAGCGAAUAGCACCCUCCCGCCAAUAUAAUCUAACUUCUCGACGUCAGCCUCCGAAGACAGCUGUUGCCGCGUUAUCGAGAAAACUUGACACGCGUGCGCAUGUCUAGUUGUAGAUAACCGCUGAUUAAGUAAUACUGGUGAUUGUCAGUAUUGCUUAUCUCACAGGAGCGUGAGUACUAGUCAGCGCAUCUCUUACUGCGGUUAGCUGCUGGCCGUAUGUCUCGCUGACUAAAGGGUGUUUAUCACUAGAAAAAAAUAAGCGUAUUUAAGGGUUGUUAAUGUUGCUUGUUGUUAAUGUUGUUUUUGUACUUUCUGCAGUAUUUCCUUAAAAUUCCUGAUAUUCAUAUGUAUUCCUGGUUUAAAGAUAAGCCUCCAAUUUUAAGUUAAAAUUAUAAUUUAAUGUGGCUGUUGUAAAUUUUAGGAAUUAGUCAAUAGACAAACUUUCAUUGUACGCUAGUAUUUAAACGAAUAGGUUUUUUUAGCUUUAAACCCUACUACCUAUCAAAAAGAAAGCACUUCGAAAAUAAACAAGAUCAUAAUUAUAAGUGCCUUCAAAAAAUACAAGUGCAUAAUUUUUACGUGAAUAAAGUAUCUACUUCCAAAA